AUUUAAUUUUGUUAACAGAAUGCAGGAGAAGUGCGACAACUCAAAGAUGGAGUUAAUGAAUUCAUCCAAUACAACUCUUCCAACCGUGAGGAUGUCAGAAGUAAUUCAAAAUGGAAGGUGUAUCAAGAAAAUAUCAUGCAUAUUCAACACAACUUAUACAAUUCAGCCACAUGAAAUAUCUGGUCUCGUUCUAAUAGGUAUCGCUCUAAUAUUGGCACUGAUCAUUAUUGUCAUCAAAGCAUUGCAAACUGCAUCUGCAAGGAAUAUCAUCAUCAUGAUCAUAACACUGAUAAUGAUGUAUAUUGGUGUUGGAUUAGUGACGUUAGUCCGUGUAAAAUUGCAUUUCCAAUUUUAUCUGUCAUUUGUUGGUGCGGGACAAUGGCAAUCAUGA